UUUAUGCCCGUUGUACAGUUUUCAUAUACUCCUUGGGACUUUGACUCACAAACAUUAAGCUUGUGCCGACAUUUUAUGGAUCUCCGCAGCAACUAUACCGACACGAUUGUGGAUCUAAUGAAAAAUACUGUUGCAAAUGGUAGUCCAGUGAAUCCUCCAGUCUGGUGGAUUGAUCCCACUGAUAUAGAUGCAUACACAAUCGAUGACCAAUUUAUGUUGGGUGAAAAUAUCCUGGUAGCUCCAGUACUUGUUGAAGGCGCAACUUCACGUAAUAUAUACUUGCCAACGGGUUUGUGGAGGGACGAAAACAAUCCCGGAAGUCCACCCUUUUUUGGAAAAACAUGGCUGAUAAAUUACCCUGCCAGUCUUGAAGUUCUUCCGUGGUUUACUAGACUUAGUUCUGAGAGGCUACCCGAACCAUCCAACUCGGUUUGCCAUAUAUCAACUGCUAGUUAUAUUUUCGUUUUAAGUUUAAUCGUGUAUAUAUUUAGAUGAAAUUCUAUGUAUAAUAUAAAA